UCAAUGGGGCGGGGCAAUCCCACGUGACACUGCGCGCUCCCGUUUAUAAGGCGGCAGCGGCGCGGGCGCUGUCCAGCGUGCUGAAGCCGGAGCGAGCGAGCAGCCCGGACCCAGCUGAGCCCAGCCCACUGGACGCCAGACCUCGACCAUCGGUCCUAUCCUAGCCACCUCUCGGAGCCGAGGCGGAAGCGUUCCGACCUUCCCUGUCCCCACCCCGCCUCGACCCUCCUCUCCACCUCCUGCGUCGUGACACCAGCUGUCUCCGACAGUCCCCUGGUCAUGAAAUCGCUCAGGUUGCCAGUUUCCGCCCUCUUCUGCUUCCUUCUACUGAUUAAGGGGCUGGGAGGAGCGCCCCCCGGGCGCCUUGAGGCACAGUCACCUCCCCUCAGCUCUGAGCAUAAAGAAUCCGUAGCUGGGGAUGCAGUGCCCGGGCUGAAGGAUGAUCGCACCCCAGAGGUCCGAGCCGCUCGAAAUUCAGAGCCGCAGGACGAGGGAGACCUUUUCCAGGGUGUGGAUCCCCGGGCGCUGGCCGCGGUGCUGUUACAGGCACUUGACCGCCCGGCCUCGCCCCCGGCGCCAGGCGGCUCCCAACUGAAGCCAGCGGAAGAAGCAGCAGAAGCUCUGUUAACUGAGACGGUGAGAAGCCAGACCCACAGCCUCCCAGCGCCAGAGACUCAUGCGCCCGCGGCCCCGCCUCGCCCUCAGACUCAGGAGAACGGUCCCGAGGCGAGCGACCCCUCCGAGGAGCUUGAGGCGCUGGCUGCCCUGCUCCAGGAACUGAGAGAUUUCAGUCCGAGCAGCGCCAAGCGCCAGCAGGAGACCGCAGCCGCAGAGACGGAAACUCGCACGCACACGCUGACCCGAGUCAACCUGGAGAGCCCCGGGCCCGAGCGCGUGUGGCGCGCUUCCUGGGGAGAGUUCCAGGCGCGUGUCCCGGAGCGCGCGCCCCUGCCACCCCCGGCUCCCCAGCAAUUCCAGGUUCAGAUGCCCGAGAGCCGCCCCCUUCCCGAAGCCCACCAGUUCGGGGAAAAAGUGCCUUCCCCCAAAACACACCUAGGCGACGCAUUGGCACCCCUGUCCAAGGCGUACCAAAGCCUGGGCACCCCCUUCCCCAAGGCGCGCCGGCCGGAGAGCUCACUCCUGAGCGGCUCCGAGGCGGGGGAGCGCCUUCUACAGCAAGGGCUGGCUCAGGUAGAGGCAGGGAGGCGGCAGGCGGAGGCCACCCGGCAGGCCGCGGCGCAAGAAGAGCGGCUGGCGGACCUGGCUUCGGACCUGCUACUCCAGUAUUUGCUACAGGGUGGGGCCCGGCAACGCAGCCUGGGGGGUCGGGGGCUGCAGCCGGAGAAGGAGCGAGAGAGCGAGAGGGAGGAGGAGGAGGUGGAGCAGGAGAGACGCGGCGGUGAGAGGGUGGGGGAAGAGGACGAGGAGGCGGCGGAGGCGGAGGCGGAGGCGGAGGAGGCGGAGAGGGCGCGGCAGAACGCGUUACUGUUCGCCGAGGAGGAGGAGGACGGGGAAGCCGCCGCCGAGGACAAGCGGUCCCAGGAGGAGAUGCCUGGCCACCGUCGGCAGGACGCCGAGCGGGCCGAGGUGGGCGGAGAGGAGGAAGACGACGACGAAGAGAUGGACCCACAGACCAUCGAUAGCCUCAUUGAGCUGUCCACCAAACUCCACCUGCCAGCGGAUGACGUGGUCAGCAUCAUCGAGGAGGUGGAGGAGAAGCGGAAGCGGAAGAAGAACGCCCCUCCCGAGCCUGUGCCUCCCCCACGGGCUGCCCCCGUGCCCACCCACGUCCGCUCCCCGCAGCCCCCGCCCCUCGCCCCCGUCCCCGCCCCUGCUGGAGACCAGCUGCGGGAUUGGAACGAGGUGCUCCCGCCUUGGGAUCGGGAGGAGGACGAGGUAUUUCCCCCGGGGCCCUACCACCCUUUUCCCAACUACAUCCGGCCGCGGACGCUGCAGCCUCCUGCUGCCUCGCGCCGCCGCCACUACCACCACGCCCUGCAGCCUUCGCGCCACUAUCCCGGCGGGGAGGCCCAGGCACUGCGCGCGCAGGCGGAGGCAGAGGCGGAGGAGCGCCGGCUGCAGGAGCAGGAGGAGCUGGAGAAUUACAUCGAGCACGUGCUGCUCCAACGCCCGUGACCGGUCUCGCCUCCGUGCGCCACCUCAGCGCGUGGUCACCCCCGCCCCCCUCCGUGUCGCUCCUGUCCCCUCCUGGGUAUUUGCAUGCGUCCCCGCCCCGCCCUCGGCCCCCGCCCCGCCUCGCCCCCGGGCAGCGCGGAGGACCUGUCACACCUCUUCCUGGGUCCAAAGCCCGAACUCCCCAAACUCGCUCACGGCCGUCCCAGGGCCAGCGCAGGCGAGCGGAUGGUUUGUGCGAGCUCCCUCCCGCUGCUCCCACCUAGUUGCCCAGUUCCAUUUGUGUCUGUCUCCUGCCCUUGGGGCCUCCCACAAGCCUCUCCAAAUCGCUGUGAAUUUACCUUCUUUCCCUUCUCUCUUGUAAAUACCCCUCACGGAGGAAAUAGUUUUGCUAAGAAAUAAA